UAAACUGAGGAUAAAAAUAUCUAGAUUUAAACAUGUCUAAUUACCAUAAACUCGAAGCUAAAGUUGUUCAAGAACUAAAAGACAUAGCAAACAAAAUAAGGAUUCAUUCUAUAACCUCUACGCAAGCAGCGAAAUCCGGUCACCCGACAUCAUGUUCGUCGAUAGCAGAAAUUUUGUCAGUAUUAUUUUUUCACACCAUGCGUUACAAGAUUUCCACUCCAAGAGACGCUUCCAGCGACAGAUUUGUCCUGUCCAAAGGACACGCCGCCCCUGCGUUGUACGCCGCCUGGGCCGAAGCGGGCCUGUUUCCAGUGGCGGACCUGCAAAAUUUAAGGAAAUUAAAUUCAGACCUUGAAGGCCACCCUACGCCUAGGCUUAAUUUUAUCGAUGUAGGCACAGGGUCGCUGGGUCAAGGCCUGUCAAUCGCAGGAGGAAUGGCCUUUGUUGGGAAAAACUAUGAUAAAGCUAAUUACAGGGUAUAUUGUUUAGUUGGAGAUGGCGAAAGCGCCGAAGGUUCCAUUUGGGAAUCUGUACAUUUUGCCAGUUACUAUAAACUAGACAAUUUAUGUGUCAUAUUUGACGUAAACCGUUUGGGCCAGUCACAAGAAACAUCUAUGGGCCACGAUGUUGAAAAUUACAGAAAAAGGCUGGAGGCUUUCGGAAUGCAAGCUAUCAUUGUAGACGGGCAUGAUAUCGAAGAACUGGUGAAGGCGUUACACACUGCUGCAACCACUAAAGGGAAACCUACUGCCAUCGUGGCAAAGACGUUCAAAGGCAAGAAUUUCCCUAAGAUUGAAAAUCUGGAUAACUGGCAUGGGAAACCUCUAGGUGCCGAAUCCGAUCGUAUUGUGGCACAUUUAAAAGGCCUCAUUAAAAACCCGGGUCCUCUACAACUUCAUCCCCAAAAGCCUUUGAAAGACGACGCUCCAGUUGUCGAUAUUACGAAUAUUAAACUUAGUUCUCCACCUAAUUAUAAAAUUGGGGAAAGUAUUGCAACACGAGUUGCAUAUGGAACGGCUCUGGUAAAAAUCGCUCAGUCCAAUUCCCGAGUGAUUGCAUUGGACGGGGAUAUGAAGAACUCGACUUUUUCUGAAAAUUUGAAGAAAUUCGAUGAAUCAAGGUACAUUGAAUGUUUUAUCGCUGAACAGAGCUUAGUAGGUACCGCCAUUGGGGCUGCUUGCAGAGAUAGGACGGUACCAUUUGUCUCGACAUUUGCUUGCUUUCUAACAAGAGCUUUUGAUCAGAUUCGAAUGGGUGCUAUAUCUCAAACCAACGUCAAUUUUGUUGGUUCGCAUUGUGGGGUGAGUAUAGGUGAAGAUGGACCCAGUCAGAUGGGUUUAGAGGACUUGGCUAUGUUCAGGGCUGUAAACGGAAGCACCAUUUUCUAUCCCGCCGAUGCUGUUUCUACCGAGCGGGCCAUUGAGUUAGCUGCUAAUACCAAAGGAAUAACAUUUACCCGUGUUAAUAGACCCACAACUGCUGUUAUUUACCCCAACGACCAAGUUUUUGAAGUCGGAAAAGCAAAUGUCGUUCAAAAAUCUGAUAAAGAUCAAGUAGUACUCAUUGGAGCUGGUAUAACGCUUCAAGAGUCGCUGAAUGCAGCCAAGGAGCUCGCCAAUUUCGGAAUUAAUGCUCGUGUUAUUGAUCCAUUUACAAUAAAGCCUCUAGACAAAAAGACGAUUAUUCAGAAUAUCAAAGAGGUUGGUGGAAGAGCAGUGGUCACUGAAGACCACUACUAUGAGGGAGGCAUUGGAGACGCAGUAUUUGCAGCCGCUGCACUUGAAAGAAAUAUUGUUAUUAAGCAUUUAGCCAUUGGGGAGCUACCCCGUUCAGGUCCACCAAAUGCUCUUUUGGAUCUCUAUGGAAUUUCUGCUAAGCACAUUAUUUUAGCUGCACAAGAAAUUUUAAAAUUAUAAAAAUGUUACUUUUGUUAA